AUUGGCUGUCCAUAGAGAAGUUUCUUAAGACUUUUAUGUGUACAGUAAAGCAAGGGUGAUCACAAUGCCUAUAGCAAGUAUCAUAUUUGCUGACAAGAAGACGGGUAGAUGUGCCCGUGUCUCAUUUCUGCAGCAACAGCGCGGUAUGAUUAGUUGAUCAGAAGAACGUCUGCCACCUGUUUCAUACCAUUGGUCAGAGAGGCGAAAACGUCGUAUGAAAAUGCACGGUGUUUGCAGCAUUUACGAAUGAGAAAGAUUAUCUCUGGCAGGAGAUCGGACUGACAGCCCUCGCCCCACAUGGGCGGUCUUGUUUACGUAGUAAACGCAUGCGCAACAGUAAGCAGUGCAGUUCCGGGUUUAUUAUCAGCUGUAUUCAUGCUUACUAAAAACAUCAAAUCUCCCGAUGAACCGAUAGUUAAGGUGUUAAAUCAACAUAUGGUUAAGAAUCACUCAAAUGAGAUGUUCACAUAAUCAGAGUUGUUUGUCCUGUCACAUAAAAGAGGCUGUUUGGGGCUGAGUUCUUCACUUCACCAUGUUGCCUGCAAUUGCUCAAGUUCUAGUGCUGGGGAUAACCUCCCUCCUCUCCAGGGUACAAGCUGAGCCCCACCCUGGAGGAGAAUACCACAAGUACUGCAUCAUUGGGGCAGGGCCAGGCGGAUUACAGUUGGCAUACUUUUUAGAGAGGGCUAAUCGUGACUAUAUCAUAUUCGAGAAGUCCAACACUUCAGGAAAUUUUUAUGUAACUUACCCAAGGCAUCGCACCCUUAUCAGUAUCAAUAAGCGUAAUACAGGAAAAACCAACAAAGAAUUUAAUUUGCGCCAUGACUGGAACUCGCUGAUCAGUGAUGAUGAGAGCCUGCUACUGAGGCACUACACCAAAAGCAUGUGGCCACAUGCAGACCUGUAUGUGAAGUACCUGAAUGAUUACCAGCGCAAGCUAGGCCUUAAAGUUCAGUUUAACACAGAAAUAUCCAACAUUGAGCCACCUGCUGAGGAAGGCGGUAACUUCACCAUGGCUGACCAGAGGGGACAACAGUACUCCUGCAGGAUUUUGACUGUGGCCACUGGCAUCUGGAAGCCCAACUUACCGAUGUUUAAAGGCAUAGAGCUGACGGAGGGUUAUGAGGAUAUUUCCACCAAUCCAGAGGAUUAUGAGGGACAAACGGUGCUCAUUUUAGGUAGAGGCAAUGCAGCAUUCGAAACCGCUGACUCCAUAUAUGGUCACACAAACUUGGUGCACAUGGUAGCCCGCUCCCGAGUAAGGCUAUCCUGGGCUACCCACUAUGUGGGCGAUCUGAGAGCGGUUAACAAUGCAGUUCUGGACACCUAUCAGCUAAAGUCCCUGGAUGCAGUGCUAGAGGCCCCCAUUGAGGAGGUUCAGGUGAUAAAGAGAAAUGGCAAACUCUAUCUGGUUACCACGGACGAUGAGGAAUCCGCCAUUGAUAACUUUGCCAUGCGUGAGCCAUAUGACCGCAUCAUUCGAUGCUUGGGAUUUAAUUUUGACUCCAGUAUUUUCAAGAACUCCAGCGCUCUGCGAAUGGGAGUUGGCAGAAAGAAGAAGUAUCCUAUGAUAAAAUACAACUAUGAAUCCUCCACAAUCCCCAAUCUGUUCUUUGCUGGAACAAACACUCAUUCCCUUGACUUCCGAAAAUCAGCUGGGGGUUUUAUUCAUGGUUUUAGAUACACAGUGCGUGCUACUCACCGAUACAUGGAGUGGAAGUAUCACGGAGUACAGUGGCCCUCUGUCCAGCUUCCUAUCACUGAACUUCUCUCUUGUGUCCUGAAGAGAAUCAACGAGGCAUCAGGGCCAUAUCAAAUGUUUGGAAUUUUGGGAGAUAUAUUUCUACUAACAGACAAUGGCCGAACAUUUGAACACAUAGAGGAAUUUCCCAUCAAUAUGCUUCACGAGUUUUCCAACAUAACUGGCAAACCUACCAGCCCUAUGAUUGUCUUGGUGCUUGAAUACGGGGCCAACUUUUCAGGCCCAGGAAAGGACAUCUUCCGUUUAAACCGAGCCACUGGGGAACCAGCGUAUGCAUUCCAGUCCAACUUCCUUCACCCAGUGUUUUACUACUAUUCUCAACUACCAACAGAGCUAGACAUGCAGACCAAGAGUAAGUUUGAGAUCUUGCCCCGCCCUGACCGCAUACAUCACAUUGUGGAAGAUUUCCUCACCACCUGGGAUGCUCCUGUCAGUCACAUUCUUCCACUACGUAGGUUCCUGGAGUACACUGUAGGCAUGGACCUGCGCAGCUUCUUUGCCGACGCCUGUUUCCAGAUGACCAUGAUGUACGCCACAGUUCCAGCCUAUUGCCAAGUCCAUUAUUUACACCUAGGGCAAGGCCUCUUCCCUACUGUAGACCUGGCAGAAGCAGCCAGCACAGUGGCACCAUUCUGAUCAAAACCACCACAUUCUUGUACUACUGCGUGAAGUAUUGUUUCUUGGUACAGGAAAUUUUUAAGUGCUUAAUAGCAAAUAUCUUUGCCAUAGUAUAAACAGGAAAGUUUUACAAAACAUCUUAAAAUAGCUUACAAAAUGUUUUAAAGUUUGUUUACAAAAUGUUUUAAAGUUUGUUUACAAAAUGUUUUAAAAUUUGUUUACGAAAUUUAUUUAAUAUUAGGCUGACAAAUUUUGCAUAUACAUGUAUGUAUUCAGUCAUGCUUCUUGGUGCAUGUGCAUGUAGGGUACUGAUAGUGAAACCAGUUUUGUCUCUAACAAGGGACCACAGGUAUAUAAUGGAACACAGUUUUGUUUUGUCUCUGAUAGCAUCAUCACAAUUUUUUUUUUUAAAGUUGUACAUUAAUUAGCUGAAUGAUGCUCUCACCAUUUGUCUCAAAUUAAUGAGUUUAUAAUUAGCAUUUACAACUGAUGUCCUAGAUAGUGAAUAUUUUGUUGUCCAGAAAUGAGUUGAUUGUUUAUAAUCACAUUUAUAUAUGCAUAUCUUUUAUGUAUAUUCUGAUACAUGUAGCUAAUUUUUAACCCAAUUGUCUUUUUACAAUGCCAUUGACAUUUAAAUUUGCCUUACGUUAUAAUGGAGCUACCUCCAUAUGGCACACUGACAGCUGGUCUGAGAAUGGACAUAUUACUGUCCUCACAGAGAUCUUUUUACCGUCUGUACAUAAAUGUUUUACACAUUUUGUGUGACAGAUUAAAAUGGAAUAAAUUAUUUUAUGGAAACGUGUCAUUUUUUGGUUCAAAUAAUAGUUGUAUGGGUGCAUAUAUUUCAACAGGAUCACAUGUUACGUGCUUAUUCUGUUUGGUUGAUCUUGGAGAUGAUUGAUUCAUGUUGGGCCGACUUUGUACUACCUGAUACAUGUAUGCAUCAUGUAUGAGGUGUAUGAUUUGGCUGUUACAUACAUGUAUGCAUUGUGUAUGAGGCAUAUGAUUUGGCUGUUACAUACAUGUAUGCAUUGUGUAUGAGGCAUAUGGUUUGGCUGUUACACACAUGUAUGCAUUGUGUAUGAGGUGUAUGAUUUGGCUGUUCCAUACAUGUAUGCAUUGUGUAUGAGGCGUAUGAUUUGGCUGUUACAUACAUGUAUGCAUUGUGUAUGAGGCGUAUGAUUUGGCUGUUCCAUACAUGUAUGCAUUGUGUAUGAGGCAUAUGGUUUGGCUGUUACCCACAUGUAUGCAUUGUGUAUGAGGUGUAUGAUUUGGCUGUUACAUACAUGUAUGCAUUGUGUAUGAGGCGUAUGAUUUGGCUGUUACAUACAUGUAUGCACUGUGUAUGAGGCGUAUGGUUUGGCUGUUACCCACAUGUAUGCAUUGUGUAUGAGGUGUAUGGUUUGGCUGUUACACACCUGUAUGCAUUGUGUAUGAGGUGUAUGAUUUGGCUGUUACACACAUGUAUGCAUUGUGUAUGAGGUGUAUGGUUUGGCUGUUACAUACAUGUAUGCAUUGUGUGGCGUAUGGUUUUGCUGUUACACACAUGUAUGCAUUGUGUAUGAGGUGUAUGAUUUGGCUGUCACAUACAUGUAUGCAUUGUGUAUAAGGUGUAUGGUUUGGUUGUUACAUACAUGUAACAUGUAGACAACUGAAUUACAAUUCACUGGUACAUCCACAAA